GUUGCGUGUUUUACAGACGCUUCGUGUCUCUCCAGAGUUGUUGUCGUUUUUAAGUUGGAGGCUAUAUCCGAAUCACAUUUAUGGGGAGAUAAAUAAUUUUUACUGUUCUACAGUUCCUUUAUUAAUCUCAAGAUAUGCGCGUGAUGCGGUAGUGCGGUAGUAAUGACAGGCAAUCCAAAAACCUAUCCUAUCGAGAGAAAACCUGGCGGUUGUGUAAAUAGCGCGUAGUGGUGCCUGCGCGUGUGUUAUGCGCAUUCGCGGACAGAUGAGCGCGGGAUCGUGGUACUCAGACGCAAGGGGACUGUAGCACGGGUGCUUAUGCGAAGAUACGUUGAAUGGAGUUUAGGCGAAGUGUCGGGUAACGUAAGAUUAACGUUCUUCACGCGGCAUUCGUCGAAGUACGUAGAAUAAGGGUUCGUACCCGAAGGGGCCUCACGAUGGACGGGGCCAACGUGAAUGGCGGGAACGCCGACGAGGCGCGCGAGACUCCUAACCUAGAAAUGACUGAAAUACCGGAGUUACCAGAGAUGCAAAUAAAAGUGGAAGUAACUGGUAAAAUGGAAUGUCAGGAGGUGAACGGUGAUAUUAAGGCUUCACCAAAGACGAGUCCGAUACUAGUCGCUAGAAGAAAAUUACGGAAAUUUAAGGCCAAUUCGACUAGUACUCCAGAAAGCGAUACAAGUACAAAAGGACGCAAGCGGAAACUUUCGGAACCUGAUAAUGUUAGCUCUGAGGAGUCUAUGGAAUUCAAUGGAUUCGAUACGCAGGGAGAUAACGAAAUGGAACCAGGAAGUCAUGUUCUGAGAAAACUGAUCGCUGAAGCUGAGGUAGCAGAAGCACAAUUGGCAAAACGGUUUAAAUAUAGUAUACGGAAAAAUUUUGAUGGAAGAAACGAUGAAGAUUCAGAUGACAAUAGGAUGCAUAGUUACGAUUUGGAGCAUACAUUAGAUAUAGAUAAAAUAAAGAAGGAAAAAGAGUCUGAUAAAUCUGAAACAGAUUCGAUCGGUUUACCAAAUACUAUGGAAUCUGAAACAGAUUUACAAAGAACUGAAGAAACUUCAACAAAGUCAACAAAUUCAUCGGCUACCAGUAGUCCAGCAGCAUCGCAGAGAUCUAAAGGUCGUCUAACUCGUGGUGCCAGUCCAGGAAGUACAUCAAAACAAAAAGUAGCUAUUGAUAUGACAAAUCCUGCAUUCAAAGAACCUUUUAAAUAUGGUUGGAAGCGAGAGUUAGUAUUUAGAGCAAGUACUGAUUCAACCCUCAAAAGAAUGGCUGAUAUAUAUUAUUAUACACCAAAGGGAAAGAAAGUGAGAAGUUUUAGAGAAGUCGCAGAAUUUCUUAACACGAAAGAGUUGACUGUUGAUAAUUUUACGUUCUUCAAAGAACCAAUCGGUAUUGAUGAUCCUGAGAAAGAAAUUAUUCGUGAUGCGAAGAGAAUGAGAGGAUCUGUAGGAUCAACUCCAGCCAGGAAAAGCUUUAUACAUAAGAAAAGUACACCUGGCAGAAGAGCUGCAGAACCACCACCUGCGUCUCCUGUAUCUGUGCCUACAAAAUCUGUUAAGUCACCAAAAACUCCAACUACUGGAUUUAAAGUCAAAGUGCCUGGGAAAAGAACUCCUCAAAUAACAGAAAUAAAAUCACCCGAAGAAAGUGAGAUGCUUCCUCCUCAAAGAACCACAAGCACAAGAAGAAGUCAGCCAAUAGUAGAAAAACCUCUACCUCCAAAGCCUAAAAGACAACUAACGCCGAAAGUUCAAGAACCGUGCAGUAUAAGAUGUUCAACGAGUAUGGGGUUAAUACCAAGCUUACAAUGUAGCGUGUGUCUCUGUUUAUAUCAUCCUGAAUGUGUUGAUGGUUUGGAAUUUGCGGGAAGUGACGAUUACGUUUGCAAGAACUGUCAGCAGGACACUAGUGAAUCUCAACAAUCUCAAACAAAUGCGUCCAUGACGCCUCCUCCGCUAAUACCUAUUAGUAUGCUAGGCACGCAAAGUGCAAAAACAAAACAUCAGGCAAACUCAAGUCCGCCAAAAUUACAAAGAAUUCCAAAAUCUGAUAGUACAGAAUCACAGUCUCGGAAUGCUAUUAAAGUUACAAAAACACCACCAUCAACAUCGUACUCCCCUUCGAAUUCAGAGAAAAAAGAGACCAGUUGGUAUUCUCAGACCGAAAAUGAGUUUUUGCAAAGUCAUGAUGGAAUUGUACCAAAACCAGCUCAAAAUAUUGCACUGAUGGGUGGUAAAAAAUAUAUUGUUGUGCCAAAAAAUAACGCUAUGGCUGUUCAGCCAGCUAUAACAGUGAAACCUGAUAAAAUUGGCGAUAAGCCUCCAAUACUUCAGGAUGGUUCAUUUACUGAUAUUUCGAACACUGCUGAAAAUUCGUUAAUCUCCAGGUCACAUGGUCUUUUGUCGGCAAAUUCUUUAGGGAAAGAUGUCGAUAAGCCAGUUGAUAGAAAUUUAUCGAACAAUAUUACGCCUACAGAAAUUACUGCAUGUUCUAUAGAAGAACAGAGAGAAGAAACGUGCAAUAACAGUAAUAAAGUAUUUACGUUAACUGAAAGUAGAUCAGAAAACGACAGAACCAAUCCGAAGAAAGAUCUUAGAGAGAAAACCGAGAGAUCGGUUGCAAGUAAUAAAUCACCUGACAGAACGGCGUUAGUAAAUAAUACAAAUACUAGUACAAAUAACGAUAAAGUUGAUUCACGUCAAUCGGUCACAAGUAGUUUGGGUACUAUUAAAAUAAGUAGCAAAAGGAAGCAAACUCAACCGGAAACAGAACAGCAACAACAUUUUAUGGAUUCAGUCUGUGCUGGAUAUCAUGCCUUGUUACGUAUAUUCCAAUACCUUAAAGUUCAAGAAUUACUUCGGGCGGCUAGGGUUUGCAAAAUGUGGAGGGAUUUGGCUGCACAUCCUUCUUUGUGGAAAACUGUUCGAAUGAAAAAUAGUCAGGUUACGGACUGGGAUGGUUUGGCUGAUACGUUACAAAGGCGUGGAACUCAACAUCUAGAUCUUCGAAAAAUGCUUGUGGCGGGUGAAUCCGAUAGCAUUUGGAAAAAGUUCUUGGUAGUUAUACCACGUGUGACUAGUCUUGUCAAGCUAGAGUUGUGCAGAUGUCCUGUAAUAGUAGUUGAAGAAGUUAUAAGCAGUUGUCCUCAGCUGGAGGUAUUAAGUGCAAUGUCAAUAAAAUGCGAUACCUUAAACCUGGAAUCGGUUGGAAACCUGAAACGCUGUCAAGAAUUGAGGUUGAAAGCAAUAAGCGGAAUGUCCCUGCAGGAAGAUCUCACGCCUUUACAAGAAUUAACGCAUUUAUCGCAACUUAGUUUAACAUCGGUUAAGGAACUUGGAAAAAAGAGAAUCGACAUUAUACAAAACUUACAAAAUUUGGAGACACUGGAAUUAGGCGAAUGUUCCGAUUUUCCAGAUAAAUUUGGUACUACUGUUUUGAUAAAACUACAGAAAUUAGAGCGUUUAAGGCUUGAAAAGGGACAAGGCUCGUGCUGCACCUUCGAUAUUUUGGAAGGUGUGUCGAAACUACAAAAUUUAAGCCAAAUGGAGUUGGUCAAUUUCGACGUAAAAAAUGGCUUCGAUAAAUGUCUUGCAAAUUGUAAAAAUAUUAAGAGGCUAUUAAUCAUACCAACUUACAUAUCCCAAUCGGCAACAUCCAACAACAUGGUGCUCGGCGGUGUUACCGAAUUGUCGAAUAAUUUAACACACUUCGUUUGGGGUGUAACACUUGAGUUACUUAGGGUUACAGAAUUAUUUGUUGAUCAAUGUAAUUUAAUGAGUAAACAAGUUACUGGCGACUCGAUACCAGUUCUAAAACCAGUACCUUGUUUAAAAUUAAUCGAAGAUGUUGAAGAUGAAAAUGACAAUCAAAAAGGUGAUGAUAAACAACCAAACCUAACAAAUCCUCAAGUGGAUAUAUUACCGUUGCCUCAACUACAAAAACUGUUACUAACGGCAUUGCCCAAGACACGUGUCAAAAUCUUAAAGAUUCCUUUCCACGCGACGUGGCGGCAGAGCAUUUCAGAUACUGCUACACAAUAGAAACAAAUUAAAUGAAAUUGUAUAAAUACAUAUGCUACAAAGUGAAGAAAAAUAACUUGAUAUGAGAAAAUUAGAAAUUUUGUGAAUCUAACUCCAAGUGUUUUGCACAACUUAAUUCCACUAAUUGUGAAUUGGACAAAAAAAGUAAUUUAAUAUUUAUGUAAUAUAUGUUUUGUAGUCUUCAACAAUUCCCCUUAAAUAGUGUACUGAUACACUCUACAGUAAUCACAAAUACUGUUUUUCAUUGAAGUUUUUAGUGAUAAAAACAGGGGACCAUAAGUGCAUUGCGUGCUGUUUUGGCUACAAAGCUAAUUCCAUGAGAGGCUGGUAUCCUUGUGUAAAAAAUCUUUUCAACAAAGAAAGUCUUUAAUUUUGUAGACUACGAUAUAUGAUUUGACAGAUCAUUCGAUAUACUGUAACGUGUAUCUGCGUGAAGUUAAAUGUCUGAAUUGUGGAAAAAAAAUGAAGGAUGUACGUUUUUUAGAAUAAUUAUUAUAUGAAGUUAAGAUACAAAAGAGUCGCGCACAUUUAUUGAAAGGGGAAUGAAUAAUGAAGUAUACAGUUUUCGGUUUUUUACAAACAUUUAGAUUUAUUGGAAGUAAGGCCUUGUAUCAAGAUAAAUUAUACUUUUUAUUUCAUGACAUACGAUGGAUUUCGGAUGAAAUUCUAUUGAGGUAGCAGCGAAAGAAGAAACAAAAUCAUGUGGUCUAUAAGGCUCUACUUAGAGGUUAGGCUGUAUAAAUAACGGUAUAUAUUACUAUAACUGUAUGUGUAUCUUUAAUAUUUAAGAUACGAGUUUUCCGCUGCAAAGAAGUUACGAAGAAGUUUAUGGACAAUGUUGUAGAAUGUGUAAUAUAUUUACAAUUCUGCACAAUACGUAAUCAAAUAUAUUAUUAUAAAAA